AUGCCCAUGCUGCCAUUUCUUGUGGUCAUGACCGCACCUGGAAGGAGGAGGAGAUUACAACAUGUCAUCCUUGCUGUUGCCAUUUCUCUUGGAGCACUAUUUGUGCUAGUCGUCGUGCUUGCUUGUGUUCACCGACAGAAGAGAGGGAUCAAGCAGGUGAACAAGGAAGAACAAGCAGAUCCUGAGAAGGCAAACCAACUGGACUGGACCAAAAGAAAAGGUAUCAUCUCCGGGAUUGCUCGAGGUCUACUGUAUCUCCACGAGGACUCUCGUCUUAAAGUCAUACACCGUGACCUGAAGCCAAGCAAUGUCUUGCUGGAUGAUGUGGAUAUGAAUCCCAAGAUCUCCGACUUUGGUCUGUCUAGGGCUUUUGGUGGAGAUCAGUCGAUCGACAUAACAAAACGGCCUGUCGGCACGCUUGGAUACAUGUCUCCGGAGUAUGCCUACUGCGGCCAAGUCUCUACCAAGUCAGACAUGUACAGCUUCGGUGUCAUCGUUCUAGAGAUUGUGACUGGCCGGAGGAACAAUAGGUCACUCGAGGAUAAUAACACGGCCGCCAGAUCUCUGCUCAGCUACGUAUGGGAUAAGUGGAGCGCAGGGACGACGCACGAGGUGGUGGAUCCUUCCCUGCGCGGACGUUACCUCGAGGGUGAGGUGGUCAGCUGCGUGCGGAUCGGGCUGUUGUGCGUCCAGGAGGACCCGAGUGCCAGGCCGGACGCGGCGGAGGUGGUCCUCAUGCUCGACAGCCACUCCACGUCCAUCACCAUGCGGACUCCCUCCAGGCCGGCCUUCUGCUUCACAGAGCCUGGCGUCGUCAACCCGGCGCUCGGUUACCAUGGCACCCGGGAUGCUAAUGCUAUGGCCACCGGCCACCUGCCAACGCCCGGUUCAGAUAAUGAAGUGACCAUCUCCGAUCUCCAGCCUAGGUAG